AGGAAAUAGAAGCCACGCCCUCGCAUUUUCCACUUUUCCAGGACCGGGGGACCUGUGCAUACACGACGUGGCUUAAUAUUAUAAAGAUAAGAAACAUUCACAGACCAUCACGCAGAAAAAGCACUAACAUGGGGGAAAUUAGACUACCGAGGCACAUGUUCCUGUGGAGCAUGUCUGUUAUUUACUUGUUUGCUUUCGUAUCCCUUUACGUCCAGAUACCGGGUCUCUAUGGAAACGAGGGGAUCCUGCCGGUGCGCUGGCAGAUGCACUACGACGACGAGACGCCACUGCUGGAGCAGCUGCAGGGCGCCCCCACCCUGCUCUGGCUGGCCCCGUGGCUGGGUCUGGACACCCAGCAGGCCAUGGAGCUGCUCUGCCUGCUGGGGGUGCUGCUCGCCUUCGGGGCCUUGGUGCUGGAGGCCCUGAGGGGCAGCCUGGUGUUCCUGUGUCUGUGGGCCCUCUACCUCUCCCUCUAUCAGGUUGGUCAAGUCUUCCUCUACUUCCAGUGGGACAGCCUCCUGCUGGAGACCGGGUUCCUGGCCAUCCUGGUGGCUCCCCUGGGCCUGCUCUGCGGGAGGUCGGCGUCCAGGCACCACGACAGCCUGACCUUCUGGCUGCUGCGCUGGCUCCUGUUCCGCCUGAUGUUCGCCUCGGGCGUGGUCAAGCUGACCAGCCGCUGCCCCACCUGGUGGGGCCUGACAGCGGUGACCUACCACUACGAGACGCAGUGCAUCCCCACCCCUCUGGCCUGGUUCGCCCACCAGCUGCCCGUGUGGGUGCAGAAGCUCAGUGUGGUCGGCACCUUCGUCAUCGAGAUCGCCGUCCCCUUCCUCUUCUUCGCCCCGAUCAGGCGGCUGCGUCUGACGGCCUUCUACCUGCAGGUUCUUCUCCAGGUGUGCAUCAUCCUCACGGGAAACUACAACUUCUUCAACCUGCUCACCCUCGCGCUGUGCUUCUCGCUGCUCGACGACGACGCGGUCGGCUCCUGGCUCGGACGCGGCAAGCGGAAGAAGGCCAAAAAAUCCUGGCCAGAGACCAUUCACUCGUGGACCACGGUGCUGGUGGAGUUGGCAGUCUACGCGCUGAUCAUCGCCGGAGCCGCAGUGUGCUUUCAGCUGGAGAUCAACUGGAAGAACUACAGCGUUUCCUCAAAGAUCGGUUUCACUUUCCAUGAGUUUAGCAACUUUCUGAAGAAGGUCACGAAGGGGUCCAUUUGGAUUGGUGUCCUGUCUCUGACCUGGGAGGUGGUCACUGCCAUGUUCAGCUGUGCCUGUGUGAGGGGGUUCUUCUGGAAGCUCUGGGCCACCAUCCAGUGGGCCAUCUUUGCCAUCGCAGCUGCCGGCAUGUUUGCCCUGAGUCUGGUCCCCUUCACGUACAUCGAGUACGAGUCCCACAGCGGCCUGUGGCCAGUGGUGCGGGAGGCGUACGACACGGUGGAUCGCUACCAGCUGGUGAACUCCUACGGCCUGUUCAGGAGGAUGACCGGGGUGGGCGGCCGGCCAGAGGUGGUCAUCGAGGGCAGCAUGGACAAAGAGACCUGGACGGAGAUCGAGUUCACGUACAAGCCCGGCAACUUGAGCGGCCCCCUCCCGGUCGUGGCCCCCCACCAGCCCCGGCUGGACUGGCAGAUGUGGUUCGCCGCGCUGGGCCCCCAAAAGCAGAGCCCCUGGUUCACCAGCCUGGUCCACCGGCUACUGCAGGGCAAGAAGGACGUGAUCGAGCUCAUCCAGCCGGAGUCGCAGUACCCCUUCGCCCGCGAGCCCCCGGCCUUCAUCCGCGCGCAGCUCUACAAGUACUGGUUCACCGAGCCGAAGGAGGACGGGUCUCUACCUGAGCAGUGGUGGAGAAGGAGGUUUGCGGAGGAGUUCUAUCCCACAGUGCACCUGGGGGACCCUACAUUCGAGAACAUGCUCGACCAGCUGUUAAUGAAGGAUGCGGGGCCGGUCGGGCGGGGUCCGGAGGGCCCGCUCCCCCAGGCCCUGGGGCUGGUGCGAGAGCAGCUCCACGGCCUGUCGGCCCCCCUGGUGCUCUGGUCCCUCUUCAGCACGGGGGCCGCCAUCUGCCUCCUGAAGCUGCUCUUCUCCGGGUCCUCUGGCGCCGGCGGCGGCAAGCCCAAACCCGCCCCCGCUGCCGAGCCCAAAAGGAGGGCCAAGGACCCGCCCGCCACCGCGGCCCAGAAGAAGGAGCCCCGCGAGGAGGGAGGGAAGGAGAACUCUGAGGAGAGGGCGGCCGAUUCCGACCGGAGCCCCAGGAAGAGGAAGUGAUGCGGGUGGGUGUGGUCUUCCGCGCGAGCCAAUGCCAGAGUGCCGUUUUACUCUGCCCAAUCAAAACCCUGCCUGGCUCGCGAGUCACUUCCUGUCCUUAACACGGGAAAAAAAACCCAUUCUUAAAAAAAAAAAAAAAACGUUAAAAAAAAAUAAUAAUAAAAUAAAAUACGCUUUGCACUUGUGUGCACUCGCCGUUGUGUGUCUGGGUCUUGAUAUUGCACUUGGUUGUUCAGACAGACUGCAGUCAAGGCUUCUUCUGAAUGCCUGAGCGACAGUAGCUCUUCCAAAGGGGGCUGCUGGCUUAGGCCUCCAUUUUGAGCUCUGACGAGGUUAGGAGAGGAGGUCUGCUCUGAGUCACAUUACUUUAGGGGGGUGGGGGGUGAUUUAAUCUUCAUCCGCUGUGUGUGUUAUUUUCGUUUGGUACAUAUAUUUUUUCAGGUUCACAAGAUUGUGACGAGGUCUGAACAAGUCUGUCCUGGAGGCAAUUCCUCAAAGCAGGAUUACUGAGUGAGUGGAGCUGGAUGUCUGCUCUGAGUAAAACCCGGAACCCUCCAGAAUCUGGAACAUGGACUGUACCAAAAAGAGCGGCUUUUUCCUCUGGAAGUUAUCCAGCCUACCCUGCAAUCCUGCUUUGUGAAAUAAGCUCCUGCCUUUCACUUGAGUUUAUCCUGAAGUAUCUUUCCCCUCUGUUCUGUUUUUAGGUUGAGUGAAAGUUCUGCCUGCAUAAGAUGGUGUCUGUCUGUCUGAACCCAGAAUUCUGAAAUUGUUUUUUUUGGUUUUUUGGUUUUUUUGGUUUUUUAAAGAUCCAGUUCUCACCGUUCACCUUUAACCAGCCUUGUGUAAAAUCACUACUUAAAACUAUCACAACAUUUACUUCUGCUAGCCUGUGGCCCUCUUUAAAAUGCUUUUGGCUUUUUUUAACCUCAAUACAUAUUGCUUUACCUCUGUGCCAUUGUAAGCAGUAAUUAAGAUUUUCGCUUAGUACCUGGACUUGUCUCAGACUUAACCACAUGAAAUAUCUUUCAUUUGACUGAAAGGCGAGAUGUGAUAUAAAUCUUUAGUCAAAGUCCAUUUACAGAAUAUUUCACGCCAUGUUUGCUGAAUAUUAAAAAAAAACCUGUCCUCAAUAUAUUGGGACAUGGUGCCUUUCUGUGACCAGGCUGUAGUUCUGCUGUACAAUCACACUCGAGGCUUGAAUGACCCAUUUUGUUGUCUUUUGAGGUCCACUGCAUGCUUCACGCUCUGACCAUUCAGCUUUGUGCAAAGUGUCCUGUAAGAACGAGUCUCAUGGAAAUGACCAGCAGAAAAUGGAGGAUUUGGAUUCAAGGCUUGACAGAUUUGAUGUUAUGUAAUAUGCCCCCUGUCAGGUGUAUGAUGUCUUUGUGCCACCCAGUGGUGCCCUUUGAUUGGCUGAGGCGCCUUAUGGUGACCCUUUCCUGCUACUUGUACUUGAGUGCUGCUUCUCUGCCACCUUGCGAAGCAAGGAGAUACUAUCUCCCAAAAUAAUUUCUCCCUUCGCACCGAACCGAAAGCACAUUAACUCUACUGUAAUGAGCACUGACUGCUGAUGUAGGCGUGUGAACCACUCCUUCUAAUUACCUUUGUGGAAUUUGCUAACGCUGCACGUAUGCGCUUGAGAAAUUCACGAGCACUAUUCUUUUUUUUGCAAGUGUUAUUACGCUGGCGUACGCUCUGGGGAAUGAGUAUUCACUGUGCCUUCUGUGUACAUAGGAGACGUGACGUCUCUGAUCGGUUCAGUGUAAACAAAAUGUCCCUGUACGUUCUGGGCCUGAUUUACUGACAACUUUAGCACACACGCAAAACCAAAAACAAGCAAUGACACCGUGACCGUGAUAGGUUGUGUUAUUAGUUUUGCAUGUGGCAAAAUGUUUUUCUCACGCUAAUGUGUCUUAGUUAUUCAGGCCAGCUAUAGUGUACACUUGUUUUUGGAUUUCUCUCUUGGUCUUACAGCAGGCCUUGCUCGAAUGGUCCAGUUUGCCUGAGUAGGUUGACUGCCCGUUCACUGCCCUGCAGUUGGGUUAAAAUGCACUAAUUUAUAAUGCUGGCUUUGCCAAGUCCUCGUUUCACCUCGAAUGCGAAUGAGGAAAGGAUUUUUGUGCACAUUUGAUGUGCUGCCUUCAUUACUUUAAAUGACAUUUGUGUGGAUUAUUAGCUUUUACAAUGUAGUCCUCUUGUGUGCCAUAUAAGGGUGGCCUGAGAACUAAGCAUUUUGAUGUCCAAGAAACCAUGCAUCCAAGAAACUGAUCACCGUUGGUCUACUACUGUCGUUUGUAGUUGUCAUUUUUAUUGUGACUUCUUUUCAAGCUUUCUAAUCAUGUCAACAUAUGCAGGUUUUUGAGACUUGUGCGUAUAUGUUUGUUUAGUUUCUGCAAACCAUCAAGAAUAUUAUAUUUCCAAAUGCAAAACCAAAAUGUCAUGCUGCUGUUUUAUUCUUGCUUUUAAGCACUGCUCACUCUGCAAAUAUCAGGAUUCACUCCCUUUUCCCCAUUCAUUCAUUCACCUAAUGAGAUACAGAACAUGAAAAUAAAUGCUGCCUUUACUUAUCUGUAUCAUCUAUUUAUAAUAAAGAUUAUAAAUGUGGA